ACAAAAAAAGAUGACAACUAAAAUUCCUACAGAAAUAUUAAUUAAAAUUUUAAAUAAUGUUCAAUCAUCGCGUUCAACUCGAGAUUUAUAUUCAUCAUUAUUAGUUAAUCGAAUCUGGUGUAAAGUUACUAUACCUAUACUUUGGGAAUUACCUUUGGGUCAAGAAUGUUAUAUGCAUGAUGAAAGGCUGAUGAAGAAAGCAUUAUUUAUUCGAACUUACAUAUCAUUGCAAUUAUUAUCAAAACUUAUCGGCGGCCAAAAACGUUUAGAACAUCUAUCAAUUGCUGGUAAUGGUUAUUUAGAUUAUAAUUCAUUAUUUUGGGCUAUCAUCAGUCGAAAAGAAACAUUAAAGAGUCUUCGUUUAUAUUCAGUAAAUUUUACUCAUUGUCUAUUCUUGGCUUCAUCAUUUACUCAAUUAAGUGGUUUUCAUUGUACUUAUUUGAAAUUUGCAGCUCCGAAGUAUUCUCAAAAAUUUAUUAUAAAAAUUCUCGAAGCAGCCAAUAGAAAUUUAAAAAGUAUUCAUCUAGAUUUGUAUCCCAUAAUUACAUUUGAAAUAUUUUCAGCAAUUUUAAAUUAUUGUACAAAGAUUGAAGAAUUAACUUUACACAAUUUAAAUCCUGAGCAAGUAAUAGCAAUGAUUAAUGAUAAUUUUUAUGAAUUAAGAAGAUUUUCAUUUGAUAGUGGUUAA